AUGCUCACAAUUCAUAUUAACCUUUAUGAUAACGUUACCAGGGUUGUUGAGGCUCAUUGGGAAUUACACAUUGGAGGUUGUAACAGUGCGAUCUUUCGAGCCCUUGGAAUUGGGAUCUUCAUUUUGGUGCUGGCUAUGUUGCUUAUCUUUGGAUGCUGGUUUUACAAAAGGCGCAGUGGCUAUAAAAGACUACGGAGCAAAGGCAUCAGUAUGGGCACCAUACGAACUGUGGUAGGUGAGGGAGCAACACCAGACUGCAAAACGGCUCUGCAAGAGUAUAGGAACUUUAGUUCUGUGGUACCUGAUGCUCCACCAGCCUAUGACAAAAUUGCUGCAGAGCAGUCACCACCUCCUUAUUCACCAUGAUAGCAAUAAGUCUUAAACUCUGAGCACAUCCAUUCAAUUUCUUCAUGCUCCCUCUUUAU